AAACUACAACCAACGUUUCCAUGGCUUUCAGUUUCAGUCAUCCAAUACUGCGCUUGCAACCCCCCCGAUCUCAAACUACAACCAACGUUUCUCUCUCUCUCUACUUAUAACUCUUCAUUCUACGCUAUUUCAAGCUCCACAUACUCCGAUUCCUCGCCGUAAAGAAAGCCUUUCGAUCCCAUGCCAAAAUGUUCACUUCACCAAUUAAACCUCCUGAGAAUCUCUCUCCAGAGGCCGCCUGGGCUUCAUUUCUAUUCAGUUUCGCGCUACUAUUCAACCGUUUUGCCUCUUUUAUAUUUUUCGUCUCUCGCUCUUUCUUCCAACCCACCUCCCCGAAGCAAACCCGGGAAAGAUGGCGAUAGUGAGCUCUCAAUAUCAGGUAAAAUAUUCAAAUCCGGCCCCCAAUUGGGUUCCUAUAAGCUGGGGGAUGCGACAUUUUAUCGUUUAAUUGAAAACUAUGCAAGUUCUGGGGAAUUCCGCUUGAUAGAGCAAGUUUUGGAUAGAAUGAAACGUGAAGGGCGGGUCCUUGUGGAAAGUAGUUUUAUCCUAAUAUUCAAGGCUUGCGGGAAAGCUCAUUUACCUGGGGAAGCUGUGAAGUUUUAUGAUAGAAUGGUGAACGAGUUUCAUUGUAAGCAGACUGUAAAGUCAUUUAAUUCAGUUCUUAACGUAGUUAUUCAAGAGGGGGAUUUUUCAUACGCAUUCAAUUUUUAUUUGCGCGUUUUCGGUGCCAAUAAGAAGAGUUUUCAGCCAAACGUACUCACUUAUAAUUUGAUUAUUAAGGCACUGUGCAAGUUAGGACAGAUAGAUAGAGCCGUCGAGACUUUUAGAGAAAUGCCACUUAAGAACUGCAAUCCUGACGUCUUCACUUAUAGUACGUUAAUGAAUGGGUUAUGCAAGGAAAGGAGGAUAGACGAGGCAGUGUUUUUGCUGGAUGAGAUGCAAGCAGAAGGCUGCCUUCCAAAUCCAGUGACAUUUAAUGUGUUGAUUGAUGCACUAUGCAAGAAUGGUGACUUGAGUCGUGCAGCAAAGCUUGUGGAUAAUAUGUUUCUCAAAGGUUGUGUUCCAAACAAAGUGACUUAUAAUACCCUCAUCCAUGGUUUGUGCUUAAAGGGCAAGUUGGAUAAAGCUCUUCAUCUUUUGGAUAAAAUGGUGUCGAGUAAAUGUGUUCCUAACGAAGUCACAUAUGGAACAAUCAUUAAUGGUCUUGUUAAACAAGGAAGGGCUGAGGAUGGAGCUCACAUUUUGGUGUCUAUGGAACAGAGAGGAUAUAAAGCAAAUGAGUACAUUUACUCGUCUCUCAUCAGUGGCUUGUUUAAGGAGGGCAAGUCUGAAGAUGCUGUGAGGCUGUGGAAAGAAAUGGUGGAGAAGGGAUGCAAACCCAAUGUUGUAGUUUAUGGUGCGUUUAUAGAUGGUCUAUGUCGAGAUGGAAAGCCAAAUGAAGCCGAAGACAUUUUGCAGGAGAUGUUAAGUAAAAGUUGUUUUCCAAAUGCUUUCGCUUACAGCUCCUUAAUGAAGGGGUUUUUUAAAAAAGGUGACAGCCAGAAAGCAAUUCUUGUGUGGAAAGAGAUGAUGGGUCAGGAUAUUAGGCACAAUGAAGUUUGUUACAGUGUCUUACUUAAUGGCCUGUGUGAGGAUGGAAGACUAAGGGAGGCGUUGAUAGUGUGGAAGCACAUGUUUAGAGAAGGACUUAAGCCUGAUGUUGUGGCUUAUAGUUCAAUGAUUAAAGGCCUCUGUGAUGCUGGCUUUGUAGACCAGGGCUUGAAGCUUUUCUAUGAGAUGCAAUGUCAGGAGCCUAAAUCUCGACCAGAUGUGAUCACCUAUAAUAUACUUUUCAAAGCCCUUUGCAAGGAGGAUAAUCUCACCCGUGCCAUUGAUCUUCUAAAUAGUAUGCUCGAUAAAGGCUGUGACCCUGACUCAGUUACAUGCAAUAUCUUUUUGGAAACUUUGAGGGAGAGGAUGAAUCCACCACAAGAUGGAAGACUGUUUUUAGAUGAGCUCGUGGUAAGGUUACUUAAGCGAGAGAGAAAAUUAUCUGCUUUGAGAAUUGUAGGCGAAAUGCUCCUGAGAUGUCUACCACCAGAGGCAUCAACUUGGUCCAGAGUCAUUCAAAGGACAUGCAAACCAAAAAGGAUUCAAGAAACCAUAGACGAGUGUUGCAGAAGCCUGUAUGGACAAUGACUUUAGGGACUGUGCUGUCCUUUGAGAUGUCCAGUAUAUGGAGCAUGAUGUCUCAGAAGAAGAGUUCUCCGAGUUUCAAGGUGAGGUGCCUUUUUAACAUCAAAUGACGUAAGAGUUUGGAUCUUUCAGUCACUUCCGUGCGGAUUUAUUUCUUUGCUCAGUAAGCACUGAAAGAAGAAACUAAUGUGGUAUGUUUCAAUUGUGCAAGAGUUGUAUGCUAAAAGACUUAGAGCCAAAGAUAAAUUCCUUCAACUUGAAGGAAACAAAAUUUUUAGCUUGGUUGGUGGAGAAUUAUUGGUAAAUAUACGUCUAGCAGUACACCAUGUUGAAAAUCAAGAGUUACAUGUCCAAAAGUAGAUGAAGGGUACAAAAUGAUUUAACACUCCCAACUUUAUUAUGAACAACCUGAAAAUGUGCUUCAAAGAUUUUAAAGGUCCUCCUUAAAAGGUUCAUGGUUCUAAGUAUCUGGGGCUCCGCUUGGAGGCAACUCAAAUUCAGCACAUAUUUGGCUCCCCUAUGCUGAGACAACGCAGAAAGUUAAGUGCAAAAAGGCAGGGAUUUCUAUAGGUGGUUGGCUCAUGCUAGUUCCUAUGGUUUUAUUUAGUCUUUCUUGUUCCUACUUACUAUCGGUCAGGUUCUUGAACCGAGAUUGCUUCAGAUUUGGACAAUAUAUUAGAGAUGUCUUAUGCAGAACCUUUGGAUUGGAGAAAGGCAAUUUACUAGUUAGGUGGUUUGGUGGGAACUGGAAGCGGCAUUCCUUCCUCGAGCCUGAUAAUUUGGGAAUUUAUUUCAGAACAAAGAUCUCUUGCUGAAGUUAUCCUCAUCAAGCCUCAUUGUCACAGUUUCUUUAAGAUUAUGGCAAUGGCAACCGUUGGUAGUUCUCUUGUUAGUAGCCUGCAGCAAGGUAAUGGUAGAUACGUUGGUUUCAUAGAGCCAAGUGCAGAAGUAUAAUUGAUGCCUUGGCAAUACUUUGCAUUCUUCUAUGACGAUGAUAGCUGGCAACCGUACCAACCUUAACCAAAGGUCUCCUCACCUAUGUUUUUGAGCUAACUAAAGAAUAUCCUUGUCAAGAUUGCUAGAGGAGGUGUUUCAAGAGGGGAACUUUCAUGUGAGGAGGUCGUUUCUUAAUACAGAAACAGAUAGGUGGGCUAUACAUGAAAUUAUGAAGAUAUCAGGCUGAACCAUAGGAAUAACUAGGUGGGGUGGAACUGAACUUCGACUGCAGUUUUCCUACAAGUCUUCUUAUGAGAAUAUUAAUGGUGACGACCAGAUUAUCUCCUGGGCCUCUGGCUAGCCUUUUCACAACAUUCAGUGAAUGGAGGGAUUCUCACUUAAAUCUCCCGAAGUCACGUGAAAAAGAGAGAUGAAUAGUCGAAUUUCCUAUUUGUUCAAUGCCCAAUUUCCCAAGCUCCGCGGAGGUAUCUUUCUUAGUUUAGUUUAAUGCAUACUAGGGUGUCGCUAGGCUAAUCAGACUUGGGAGCUAUUACUUGAAGAUAUUAUUAUUAGUUAAUAAACAUCACUUUCCUAAAAAUGGUUAUUUACAUAGCUUUUAGUUGGGCACUUAAGAAAAAUGAUUGUGAAGAAAAAAUAUGAGCGAUUGAUCCAGGCAUAUACUCUGCCCAAUAGGUUGGAGGUUAAAGCACCACCCCAUAUUCUUCGAAAAUAUUAAAGUUACUUGGACUGCCAUUUUAUAAUCUCUUCUUUACCUUGGUUGUGAA